AUGAAGAGCCGAGUGGUGGUGGUAGUUCUCGUGUCACUUUGCCUCGUUAAUUGCUCAUCUAGCAUCAAGUUGGGAGAAACUUGUGGUUCCGAGAACAAAUGUGAUGGUGGUCUUCAUUGUGCAACAUGUCCGGCAAAUGGGAAUACUCGCUCUAGAUGCACAAGAACUCAACCUACAAUCCCUACUUCCAAGGUGAAAGGUUUAGCAUUCAAUCGAUAUUCAUGGCUGACAACACAUAACUCAUUCGCUCAAUCUGGCAUCAAAUCUGACACAGGAUCUUUUAUUAUAGCCUCCACAACCCAGGAAGACACAAUUGUCCAACAACUCAAUAAUGGUGUUCGAGGCCUUAUGCUAGAUAUGUAUGACUUUAAAAAUGAUAUCUGGUUGUGUCAUUCCUUUGGAGGCAAUUGUUACGAUGUCACUUCAUUUAAACCUGCUAUAAAUGUGCUUAAAGACAUCCAAUCAUUCAUGGAAGCAAAUCCAACAGAAAUUGUGACCAUCUUCAUUGAAGACUAUGUGACAUCUCCCCAAGGGCUUACCAAGGUGUUUAAUGCUUCUGGGUUGAGAAAGUAUUGGUUCCCAGUAUCUAGAAUGCCUAAGAAUGGUGAAGAUUGGCCAACUGUCGAUGACAUGGUUCAUCAAAAUCAACGUUUGGUCGUUUUCACCUCUAAAUCAUCUAAAGAAGAUUCUGAGGGCAUUGCUAACCAAUGGAAAUAUGUAGUAGAAAACCAAUAUGGAGAUGAUGGAAUGAAAGGUGGUUCUUGUCCAAAUCGAGGUGAAUCAUCAACCAUGAACACAAAAUCAAAGUCAUUGGUUUUGAUGAACUACUUUCUCACUAGUGCUAAUGCAAGCUCAGCUUGUGCUGACAAUUCAACUCCAUUAGUUAACAUGUUGAAGACUUGCCAUAAUGCUUCCAGCGGUCGAUGGCCAAAUUUCAUUGCUGUUGAUUUUUACCAGAGGAGUGAUGGAGGAGGAGCCCCUGAAGCAGUUGAUGUAGCAAAUGGUCACUUAACUUGCGGAUGUGACAACAUUUCCUAUUGCAGGCCAAAUGCCACAUAUGGCACAUGUGAUGUGCCACCAAUUUCUCCACCGCCACCUGCUGUUGCUCCCCCAACCAUCGUAGAAGAAGCAAGCCAUCAGCCGGUACAAGAGGAAUUUCAUGUGGACACCCCUCUAAAGUUGGUGAAGUUUUUAUGGAAUCAAAUAGCCAAGAAGGUGGAGAUGAGUGAGAGACCACUUGUUAGACCACAUGGGCAGUUGGAUGACGUGGCUUGUUUGGGUAGCCAUGAAUCUUGUAGCAUUUCUUUGCUGAAUGACUAG